AUGAAGCCGCUUCUCAACUUCGUCGUCGUCCUCCUUCUCCUACCCUUCUCUUUCGCAUUAAAAUUCGAACUCGUUGCACAACCGGGCCACAGUUCAAAAAAUGAACGAUGUGUACGGAACUUUGUGGCGAAGGAUACCCUAGUAGUGGUCACCGCGAUCGUGAGCGGCAGGAGAGGCGAUGGACAGAUGGUGAACAUGCAUAUCAAAGAUGCUGUCGGUAACGACUAUGGCCGGCCGAAAGAUGUCGCGGGCGAGAAGAGAAUGGCCUUCACCAGUCUUGCAGACACCGCAUUCGAUGUAUGCUUCGAGAAUACACUAACCGGCCGAUCCAACACUCCCCACCCUUCCCGUCAUGUUGAGUUAGACAUCGACAUCGGCGCAGAUGCUCGGGACUGGUCGGCCAUCCAGGCCUCGGAGAAGCUGAAGCCCGUGGAAACGGAGCUGCGACGGAUAGAAGAGACGGUCAAUGAAAUCGUCCAGGAAUUGGAGUAUCUACGAAUGCGGGAACAAAAACUUAGAGACACCAACGAAAGUACGAAUGAACGGGUCAAAUGGUUCGCGUUUGGGACCAUGGGCAUGCUUGUUGGGUUGGGUGCAUGGCAGGUGGUUUAUUUGAGGGCUUAUUUCAGGUUUGUUCUCUUUUGGCGCUGA